AGCUGAUACGUUAAAACCCUAUCGAGGCUUUGUAAAAUCUGUCAGGUGGGGACUGCGCCUUUAAAAAAAGCCCUUGCCUCGUCACUGUCAACGAAAACCCGGAACCAAAAAAAGCAAGUUGUGUUGCGCUAACAGUGGAUUCGAUUACUUCAGUUGGGUGAGAGGCUAUGGGAGUUACAAACCAUGUCAGUUGCUGCAAUACUGCAUCUACCUAUUGAAAUAACAGCCGAAAUCAGUCGUAUGAUAUUUGAGAACAAAGGAUUUUUAGAUAAGGAAGAGUAGCCUAACCAUCGAUAGAUUCAUGAUAUCGAUAUGUUCAACUCCAAUGAAGCAAACCUAAGGACGACACUAGACUGAUCGGAGACAAAUCAUAAAAGUCCUUAUUGAAAGAUGGGUUUGGCAAGUAGAAGUACAUGUUACCAUGAAAGGGUAGAGUAUAAUUUGUAUAAAUGCCAAGGGAGACAGGCUUAGGGUAGCCUAGGGGCUAUUAUUUAGGAGUCGAAGUAGGGCGUUGCAAAUACAAGCUAUUACAAUACUAUUAUAAUAAAGAAAUGUGCAACGUAUGGUGCAGUGCUGCGAGAACUUCAAAAUAAGACGCUAAGCGGAAUUGCGGCCUCUAUCUAACCCUAUAAUAGGUGCAGUUUCACAACAAGUUCAGUUCGCGGACUGACACGUAGCUGUAGAUAGGGCCAACAGGGAACGAGCAGCUGCCGUCAGUUUCAGCUAUAGAGAUACUGGUCUUUUUCGUUCUAGCCCUGGUUUUUAGAAAGCUUUGUUAUGUCGAGAACUAGUCGACGGUACAAGCCUUUGCAGGUGAAUAAUGGUGCUGUCCCUGGUUGCAACUCGGUUCGAAUGCCCCGUGCUCGGGUACUGGUCUUCUGUCUCUUGGGUGUGCUGACUCUUGCUAUGGUGUUGGGGUUAUAUUUGUCCAACGACACAAGCAGCAACCGCAACAACAGAAUCCCCGUCGUAGAUUUGGCAAAAGACAGGGUAAGGAACUAAACUCAAUCAUUUACUGUACUAUUUACAGUUGCGGGAGUGAUUUGUUGUUCAAGUACAGUUGGCACACUGAGAAUGGUAUCACUGAGGGCUUCAGUGAUUUGAGGUUUGUUAUUGAGUGUUCUAUUCCAGUUGUUCAUCUCUUGCUCUCUCUCUACCACUCACCCACUCAUUCCUCUGCUUCUCCAGUUAUCCCAUAAGGUCAGUAAGUCUUCUCCAUCCCAGGUGCGGCGGCUGGUGUCCCAGGUAGACGGGACACGCCUGUGGGAGACUCACCUUAGGCCCAUCCUCAUAGAGAGACUGCCAGGAACCCUGGGCAGCCAGGCUGUACGCCAGGUGAGUGGAUCAGAUAGACUAGGUGACAAUUUAUAUAUAUAUUUUUUUAUUUAUUUUACCUUUAUUUAACUAGGUAAAAUUCAGUUAAGAACAAAUUCUUAUUUACAAUGACGGCCUACACCGGCCAAACCCGGACGACGCUGGGCCAAUUGUGUGCCGCCCUAUGGGACUCCCAAUCACGGCCGGUUGUGAUACAGCCUGGAAUCGAACCAGGGAGUCUGUAGUGACGCCUCAAGCACUGAGAUGCAGUGCCUUAGACCGCUGCGCCACUCAGGAGCCCAAUGAUGAUGCAUUUCUAUGGUGUGUUUCUCACAGUACUCCUGUAGGAAAGAGUAUAUCAUUUCCAGUUAAAGAUCAAACGAAAUGCCUCUAGUUCACACCCUUUUCUCAUGUCUUUCUCUCAGCACAUCUCCUCCACCUUAUCAUCCCUCUCCGCUGGCUGGACAGUAGAACUCGACUCUUUCCUGUCACCAACGCCUCGGGGUCAGGUCACCUUCUCCAACAUCAUCGCGACCCUUGAUCCCGGGGCCCCUCGCAGGCUGCUGCUGACCUGCCACUACGACUCCAAGGUCCUGCCACCGGACCCCCGCGUCCCAGAGAGGGUGUUCCUGGGGGCCAGCGACUCAGCGGUGCCUUGUGCCAUGAUCCUGGAGCUGGCUUCUGCCUUGGACGCCCAGCUCAAAGCUCUCAAUCAGCAGGUACCAUGUCCAUCAAUUUAUUUCCAGGGACUGCAUUUUAUAUCUAUUUAUAAGUUUAGUCAGUAUAGGAGAUUUUGUUGAGAUAAACAGUCAAAUGUUCAAAGCAGACCUGUCCCAAGUUGGCAGCAAACAAAAUGCAGUAGCAUUGUGUUAUCAGGCAUUGUGGUCACAACCAUACGUGUCUGAUUUCCCUGGGGACAUUUACUUAGAAUAAUGUUGUUGUUUUUUUUACAUAGAAUGGGCAGGAUUAUCAUGUCAAGGCCAGCAGGCAGUUUACUAUGAUACACAGAAUAAAAGACUGCAAUGGAAAGAACAAAGAGAGUUGGUGAGGGAGAAAGAGAGCGAGGUGAGAUGCUGCGUUUCUCUCCCUACUCUCUAUCCCCUCCUCUCUCUCUGCAGUGUAGGGUAUAAAGUGCUGACUGUAGCCUUGCAGAGAGCAGCCCUGUUUUUAGCAGAAGACUCCUCUGUUUAGCAGUGUCCCCCCAGAGACUGAAUUUGGAAGUCAGAAAUACACACAACCACACACAGCCAAACUGCGACAUCACUGCAGUCCUCACACAAAAAGGAAAAUCAACUGCAAGAGUGAUGUUGUUGCUGGGAAAUGAGAAUUGAGAUGUGAUGAAAUGACGUUGCCUUUACUUGGCUACCAGUUCACCAGUUGGCACAGAACAGAAAAUUCUCACCACUUUCUCCAUCUUCUGCUAUUAAACACUACCUCCUCCCUCUCUCUCUGUAGGCAUCUGCUGUAACCCUCCAGCUAGUGUUUUUUGACGGAGAGGAGUCGUUUGAGGAGUGGACAGCCACAGACUCUCUCUACGGAUCAAGGCACCUGGCAGAGCGCAUGGCACACACACCCCACCCACUAGGCUCCACACACACCAACCUGCUGCAGGCUGUGGUAAGACACGUGUGUGUGUGUGUGUGUGUCUUAAAAUAUGGCAUAUCCACUCACUCUCACCUCUCCCUCCAUUUUUAGGACCUCUUUGUUCUACUGGACCUGCUUGGUGGACCAGACCCUUUGAUUGUAAAUCACUUUGACAACACUGCCCGCUGGUUUGACCGUCUCAUCGCUGCAGGUAACAUGCACACCCCAGGGAGGGUCUGUUCCCUUAUUGUCAUUGUCUUUCUGUGCUUUAACUCUCCUCCAUCCAUCUCUCUCUCAGAGAAGAGGCUGCACAGGCAGGGUCUGUUGACCUCUCACCCCUCUGAGCAGACCUACUUCAGGAAGGACGUGUACCUAGGCCCUGUGCAGGACGACCACAUCCCCUUCCUACAUAAAGGUGAGUGAGAGGUGUGCUCAUAUACAGACAGACACAAACUGACAUACUAUCACGACACUACUUCGCCUCGGCUGAUGGAAUUAGGAUUUUAAGAAAUAAUUGAAAUCCUGCAUUUCUGAUUAUUUCACACCAACUCAGGUGUUCCUGUGCUUCAUGUCAUUGCCACCCCCUUCCCCCCAUUCUGGCACACGCUGGAUGACACUGAGGAGAACAUGCACCGGCCCACAGUGGAGAACCUCACCAAGGUUCUGGCUGUGUUCCUGGCUGAGUACCUGGGCUUCUAACCACAGCUGGACCCGCCAUUGGACUGGUCCCAUAAACCAGAACCAACAGAUUACCUGGACACCUUUUUAACCACAGUGUAGGAAAUACACAGACAGGGGAUUGGGGGAGGUUUUGCCCUGACAUUGCAAAAAACUAGGAGAGAUAGAUGUUCCUCUGUCACUGGACAGGUUCCAUCCACCGAAUCCAACACUCAUAGACACAUUGAUCUGAGAGCAGAACUACCAUGACGUUACACUGCUGGAAGUAGGCAGCUUGUAUCACAGAAAACAAUUGAUGGUACACGUUCAUGAAAAAGAACUGGAAGAGGCCUUUCUGUGAAUUUUAAUAUUCUAAUUGACUGUUUUAAGUCUUAAGGAAAAAGACAAAGCUAACCUAAUCCUUAAUUUAUGCUAUAUGAUCAUCGGUUGUGAUUUUCCAACACUUGAUUUCAUGCAAUAAGGUCACUGAGCCGACAUUUACGGUUAUAUUCACGGAGCAUGGCAGUGAACGAAAACUUGAAAAAAAGUAAUUAAAAUGAUUGUCAAUGCCUUUUGGUUUUUUACUAUUACUGUAUAUCUUCUGUAUGCAUUACCUCUCCCCAAGAGGUUUCAGGCCUGUCUUGAUUUAGCCAUGGAGAUAUAUUUAAUCUGUCUCAUUUAGCACAUCAUACCAGAGUGCUGAUUUCAAAAACAGCUGAAUCAGAAAAGGUGAAUGUUCAUACACAUUAUGGUGUAGUCCAGGUGCUGGGUGAAAUAAGCUGUAUUAAAAAUACAGCUGAAUCAGUAACGUCAGUCAAAAUCGAAUAGGCCAGAUUGCCUUUGUGGCAGGCAGGCAGCUUUAUUGGUCCAGUGGAGAAUAUGUGAAUCCAUGUACACACACUGGAUGUUGUUUCAGCUCAGUGAAUAGGAAUCUCAGAGCCGUCCCUAUGGGACAUACAGAAAGAAGACUACAGUGGGAGAGGCUGUGUGCUUGUCUUGGCUGCACUAACAUUUGGCCGUGGUUUCUCUCAGCCACAACCUGGGUCGUGUUCAGUAAGCAUGAUAUGGGAGCACAUUUUUAUAAACACAUUGUUUAUUCCCAAAUGCUUCAAAUGCUUGUCAAUGUUUGGUCUGAU